CAAAUUCUGACUUUUGACCUUAAACCGACGUUAAUGUUUCUUGUAUUUCCGAUGAGAUGUGUAUUCUUUAAGUGUAAAUAAGCAGUUCAAUUGAUAGUUGAUAUGAACGAAAAUAAGAGCAGCUUCAAUUCUGAUGGAGUUGAAAGAAAUGAUACUAACUUUCCAGAAUUUUCGGCAGAAAAGUUUGUAGACGAAUUACUUACUGAAGGUGAGAAAUUUACUUGUGACGAAACUUCGGAUUCCUACAAUGACCAUUUCGAAAUCCCGCCAUUUUAUGAUGAGAGCUUGUACAAAAAGGGUCAAGACUUUAUCCACAACAACAUAACUAGCUUCCUCGUCACUUCUUUGUUUGGAUUGUUGGCUCUAGGUUGUCGUCCAACUUUAAAAUUGUUGAUAUUGACGCAAAAAUCUUGUACUCCACUGAAAGCAUACAAAAGAUAUUUGGCAACAAAUUUAUACAUGCAGGAUUGGUACAAUCAUGACUUCAAACCAGGAUCGAAAUCUUGGCGUGCACUGGGAAUAGUUCGAAAAAUGCACAACAGCGCCAGCAAAUUGGGCCACCAAAAACUGGAUUACAGGAUCAACCAAAUGGAAAUGGCGAUCACCCAGUUUGGCUUCAUAGGAUUUGCGGUGGUGAGAGGAAAAUACAUUGGAUUGUACGAGGCAUCCGAAGAAGACCUGAAAGGUGUGAUACAUUUGUGGAGGGUCAUAGGAUAUGCUCUUGGAAUAGAAGAUAGAUUCAACAUAUGCAGAGAAUCCGUGAAAGAAACCAAAGAAAUAUUCGAAGAAUUGCUGAAAAGAGUUUUCAUUCCCGGUAUGCAACAAAUAGGUGAAGAUUACUACGAUUCUGCGGAAGCUUUAGUAGGAGGACUUCAAGGCAUGACUCCUGGUCUCCGAUUGGACGUUUUGCUCCAUUUGCUGCACAUGGUUAUGGAUGGACACAAUGACAUCACCAAAUCCGCAAAAGACCAUUUGGCACCGCUGGACGAAUCGGGGCUUGCGAAAUUGAAGUUGUUGAUGAAUAUUCAGUGGGCGAUGCAGUAUCGCGUUUUCAGGUUUUUCAUCGAUAAGUUUUAUUAUUCGAUGAUUUGGUGUUGGAGGAAUUUUCCCAUUGCGGCUUAUUGGAAAUUUGGAAUAAAAGAUGCGAAAAUAAAAAUAUAAAAGCUUGUAUUAUAUCUAUACAUAUAUAAUGCUAGUUUAUGGUUUUUGAAAAUAAACAAAAUUAUAAAUAACGAAUCCAAAUUUUAUUUUGUCAUUUUCU